AUAAGUGUCGAACAGUGCAAAGUGAACUACACAGAGAACGAGCCUGCAGUGAACUCCGUAUUUAUAUAAUUACACUUCAACGCAGUGUUUACACAAUCAAUCAUGAAAUGUUCUGGGGACUAUAAGAGUCGUUCACUUAUUACCGCUCAUAAGAACCUAACUAUUGUGCCAAUAAUGGAACGCUGUUGCCACGAUAGUAUUUACCCAACAUAUCUUGAUUCAGUUGUAGCUCAAUAUCAGAACAAUCAAACUGAUGGAGAAGAAUUACCAGAGAUCGCCCUAUCACUGUUGUCGCAGCUUCUAGUUGGUGUUUUGCUGCUUCUUCUGAUAUUUCUAUCAGUUGCUGGCAAUGUGCUAGUAAUUGUGGCAAUAUGUACAGACCGAGGAUUACGAAGGAUCGGCAAUCUUUUUCUUGCCUCGCUUGCCGUUGCCGAUCUUUUUGUUGGCUGUCUUGUAAUGACUUUUGCUGGUGUGAAUGAUCUGUUAGGAUACUGGGUCUUCGGCUCGUUCUUUUGUGAUACAUGGAUAGCUUUCGACGUUAUGUGCAGUACUGCAUCGAUACUUAAUCUCUGUGCAAUAUCACUUGAUCGCUAUAUACAUAUUAAGGAUCCGCUUAGAUAUGGAAGAUGGGUAACAAAAGGAACCGCUUGGACAAGCAUAAUGACGGUUUGGAUGCUAGCCAUACUUAUAUCUUUCCUGCCAAUCAGUCUUGGAUUGCAUAGGCCAAACGAACCACCGGUAGUACAUAUUGUUGGCGAAAAGUCAUAUCCGACUUGUGCCCUGGAUCUAACGCCUACGUAUGCCAUAGUUUCAUCUUGCAUAUCCUUUUAUGUACCCUGUAUCGUCAUGAUUGGCAUCUACUGCAGGCUCUAUUGUUACGCACAAAAACACGUUAAAAGUAUCAGAGCAGUGACAAAGUUACCAGAACCCUCAUCUCUGUCUAAGAGCUUUCGUUCAAAGAGUAAACGCAUCAAAACACCCAAGCCACAAACGAAGACUAAGCCAACGACUCCAUACCACGUAUCCGAUCACAAAGCAGCAAUCACCGUAGGUGUUAUUAUGGGAGUUUUUCUCAUCUGCUGGGUACCUUUUUUCUGCGUUAAUAUUGUUGCGGCUUUCUGCAAAACUUGCAUCCCAGAUUUGGCUUUUCAGAUCUUAACCUGGCUCGGAUACAGUAAUUCAGCCUUCAAUCCGAUCAUCUACAGCAUCUUUAAUACUGAGUUUCGCGAAGCUUUCAAGCGCAUUUUGACGAAAGGCGCACGGACUCGUUACAAUCAACCCUCCACAAGCGAAUGCGGUGAAUUCCGAUCAAUCGUUGUUACGAAACGCAACGGUUCUAUCGUUGAAUGUAAUAUUAGCCCACGAUCAAGUGCCGAUAGCAGUCAAGUCGGUUCGAUUGGUCAGCGACAUCGAGACACAAUCGUUAGCGCUAUUUAA